GCGACUUCAAUUCUCCAUGCGGUUUGGUGAAUGCGACAAAAAAUUGACGCUUUCUUAAGGUGGCAAACCCCUUUUUGGCCAGAAAGUUUUAAGAGCCAAAAGUGCCAGAAAUUGUUUUCUUCAACCUUGAUUCCUCUGAGAUUUGUGAUAGGACUUGUCUAACAGUGCAAAAUAUUUGUAUCCCUUGUUUAAAUUUUGUUCUACUAUGGCAACUGCAGGAGAUAGUGGUGAAUCAGAAAACAAGACCAAUUUAAUUGUCAACUACAUUCCACAAAGUUACACUGAUGCAGAAUUUAAGGCACUGUUUACAACUAUUGGUCCAACCAAGAGCUGCAAGAUCUGCCGGCACAAAUCAACAGGCUACAGCUAUGGCUUUGGCUUUGUGGAGUAUUUUACACCCGAACAUGCACAGUUGGCAAUCGAUACACUCAGUGGCCAUCGAGUAGACAACAAAACCUUGAAGGUUGCAUUGUCAAGAAAAGGAGGAGAGAAGAUCAAGGGAGCAAAUGUAUAUGUCCGAAAUAUACCUAAAACAUGGACAAAUGAUGAUCUAAAGGCACUUUUCAGCCCUUACGGCAGCAUAGUCAAUACUAAAAUCCUCAUAGACCAGUUUACCCAGUCCUCUAAAGGCGUUGGGUUUGUCUUAUUUGAUCUAAAGACGGAAGCUGAAGGAGCCAUCAAUGCCUUAAACAACACCAUGCCCCCUGGAGGCACUGAGAUCAUGUUUGUACGUUUUGCAGAUGACAACACAAGUAAAUUAAAGCCUCCACUUACAGCUGCUGCAUCUCAGCGUCCAAGUUUUAAUUUGCAUCCACAAGGUGCAAUCGGACCCAUGGCACAAGCCAUGAUGAAUCGUCGUGCCAACCGCUACAACCCCAUGAUGGGAGGACCUCAAAUUCCUCCACCCACGGGUUUCAGCCAAAUGUCUCCUCAGGGUGAAGGAUUUACUCUGUUUGUUUACAACAUUGGUGCAAGGGCAACAGAGGCAGCAGUUUAUGAACUUUUUUCACCUUAUGGUGAAAUUAAGAAAAUCAAUAUCAUGUGGGACUGGGAAAAAUCUCAGUGUAAAGGUUUUUGUUUCGUUACUAUGGCCACUCUAGCACAGGCUCAAGCUGCAAUACUUGCAUUGAAUGGUUUCAUGUAUGAUCAACGUCCUCUGCAAGUGAAAAUUAAAACUCCAAAGAUGUAACUAUGCAUCACACAAAGGGACAAAACUGAAAAAAGUUUAUCUGCAGGUUUUUUCUGAUAAUCUGGUCAGUGUUCACUCAACCGGUAAGUGCCAACAUUAAAAUGAUAAAUGCUGUUGAAAUUUCAUUUUAAUUUCUUUCAAAUGGAUUGGUUUGUUUUCUGUGAGCCAUUGCUUUGGCAAUUCAAAAAUCAUGCAAAAAAUAACUAUGAACAUAUACUUUUUAAACUGAAUUUUUUUUGAAAGACCUCAGUGUACAUCUUGCCACAGCCUUGAAAGGUUAUUCCUUAAUGAUAUAUAUUAAAAUGCUUGUUAAAGAGGUUAGGAUAGUUUUGUUAGUCUUAGUGGUAGUGGUGAAAGGAAAACUAUGGUGAGAAAUAUGAGAUUUUCUAAUUUGGGAAGGAUUGUUACACUAAAAAAUACCACUCCUUUCUAAGCAGAACAUGCUUUGUGGUGUUAAAUGUUCCCUGAACAAUGUUACAAAAGUUACAGGUGUAGUAGAGUAUGGUACAAUACAAAUAUAUUUGAAGCAACAUGAAAGAGUUAGUUUUCUACACCAAGGUUCAUUAAGACAUCAACAAUGAUUUACUCUGUGAUCAAUUGUAUUAGAGACCAUGAUACAAUGGCAAUAUUUCUAGGAAUCAUGACAUUGUUUACCUAUGAUUUGAUUGGUGGUUUUCAAUCCAUUUGCCUUUUCAUGCACUUAGAUGUGUGUUAUAAUGAAUGAAGACAGCAGGAAUUGUAAUUAUUUCGAUUUGCAUUGCCUUUGAACGUCAGUAUUUCAGAUAAUAGUUUCUAGUACAUUCAAGCUAAUGGCCAGUGUAAUUGUUUAAUGUUGUGGUUCAUUUUAUCUUAGCAUUCAGUAGUUAGUUAAAACUUAAAGGAACUUAUAUUUGCAUCAGUUCUCAGCAGUAGGCAUACUUUUAAAACCUCCAAAUGAUUUGUCCGGGUAUGUAAAUCAUAUCUAAACCCACUUAAUUGAUAUCAUCUAACUGAAACUAGAAUAGAAAAUUCUUCAAAGACAUGUAAGUGGAGAGCAGUUUCUUUUCUUGAAGAUGUACAUGUACUCAAUUUUUUUCCAGCUAUUAAUUAUCACUUUUUGUUUUCCUUUUUAAAAAAUAUUGGUGAUCGUAGUUUUCAUGUAUCUGUUAAAAGCAACUGCACAGAUGCCUCUUUAAAAACCCAAAAAAUCAACUUUAUGUUACUGUACAUUUUGCCACAGUGCAUCUUGUGUUACUGUACAUUUUGCCACAGUGUAUUUUAUGAUUCAAGGGUUCAUACUCUUUCAAACUUGUGGACUCAGAUGACUUAUGAUGACAUUUUCUUGAAAGACUGAAGUUUUUACAUGACAUUUGACCGAGAUGUUGGUUUCAAAGUACAACAUUAAUAAAAGCUCCAUAUUACAUUAA